AUGCUGAGGAACUGGUGGAGGAACUCAAAGGAACUGUCUAGAGAGGAACUUCAGCAACUUCUGGCUGAGCAACAGAUGGCAGCUAAGGAGCUCUCUGAAGAGGAGGAACACCUGCAGGCUCCAUUUCCCCUUCGCCGACUGGGAGAAAGAAGACUGUCUCGGGCUCGAUUUCCAGGAGCUCCAGGGAAACGGACACCAGGGAGGGGGCUGGGAAGGGAGCAGCCCCGAGGUGCCAGGCGGCCCAAGCCGCGCCUGUUUACGGGCGCCGUCGCCCUCCCCCACCCACUGACGGGGUCCCACAGCGUUUCCUGCGCGCCUCUCCGCCGGCCGCGGGCCUCUCCCGCCCUCGGGCUCCGUCCCCGGCAGGCCCCGCAGGCGGCACGCCGAGGCCUGAGGCCUAAAGGACGCCGGCCGGCCAGUGACAACCGGGCCGGGGAAGCCGGGAGGCGAGGCCGCUGGCCCGCCGCGGCCGCCUAUUGUUCCGACCCUAGCCCCGGCCGCCCGCUCCCCACUGGCUGCGCCGCCCGCCGCUCGCUCACCGCGCUGGUCCGAGCCGCAGCUCCUCUCAGCUCCGAGUCUCCGCGGCCGUCGCUACCGCCGCGGCAGCUGCCGUCGUCGCCGCCGCCACCAUCGACUCUGACUCUGUCCCAGGCCGCCGGGCCACGGCCGUCGCCGCCGCUACCACCAGCGCCGCCUCCAGCCCCCCACCUGCUGCUGCUGAGGCCGCUCCUGCAGCAGGGGCCAUCUUGUUGGUCGGCCUCCUCUUCCUCCUCCUCCUCUUCCUCCUCCUCUCGGUCCUCCGCUGCCCCGUCGCUCGUUGUCCUCGUCUCCUUCCUCUUCCUCAGACUCCGACCCGCCCCGGAGACUGGGGCGGAGAAGAGGCUUUCCGUCACACCAGUUUUGCUCUCGUCACCUGUCCCACGGAGGACCCAAAGAGUUCAGCCUCCCAGGGCAGUGGCCCACCCUAAAGACCUGCCCAAUCAUUGCUCCGAAAUCUCUCUCCAGCUUUCUCCAGAACAAUAAGAGCAACAUGAGGGUGACAGGAAAAGAUUCCACUCAAAGAAGAGCUCGUGGAUCUAAAGGCUGAUUUUUAACCCUUUGGAAAAUUGGCUAGGGGGAAUGGGAGACUUCUCCGAGACAAUUCGGAAGGUUAGCCAAAUUCCUGCUUUUGAGAAGGGAGAAGAAUGGAAUUUUUGUUUUGUUCUGAGAGUUUCACUCUGUAGAUUCCAAUGUACUAUCCUUCUGCCUCAGCCCGAGGAAAGAAGAAUGCUGAGAUCACAGGCGGGCGCCACCUGGUUAUGGAAUUCUUUUACUGCCUUACGGUAUUACUUUCAAAAUAAAUGCUCUAAAUAAAAGAGUUCCCAAAUAAACACCCGUUUAAUACUCCAUCCUCUGCACUUUCCUUCAGGUCUAGGGAGGGAGAGCAGAGAAUGUGUUGUUGGGUUUUUUUGUUUUGUUUUGUUUUUACCGUGUACAACAUUACUACCAAGAAAAAGUAUGCUUCUGCCUCUAACUUGAUAAAGUGAAUCACUGUAAUAUAGUGUUUUUCUAUUUGUAAAACAUAUCACACACUUUCCUAAACUUAGCAAGGAAAGUACUUUUUAGUUGACAACACCCACUAGAAUUACAGUUUCUUUUUAAAAGACUUACUGAUCUAAUUUGCUGCCUUUGAAGUGGACUAAAUCUAUCCUCAUCCCUCCAACUCACUAAAUGCACUAGUCUCUGCCUCUGAAGUUUCUGUGCUCUCAGUCAUAUACAGAAAACGGCUGUCUGACAAAAUUAAAUAGA